GGCGUCGGAUGCGCGUGUGGCGGAAGCGCCGGCGGCAUGAACUACCCGGGCCGCGGCGCCCCACGGAGCCCCGAGCGUAACGGACGAGGCGGCGGUGCCUGGGAGCUAGGCUCUGACGCGGCGGGCGUGUUCGGCGGCGGAGGCUGCUGCUUCGAGCACCAGCCGGGCGACGGCGUGCCGCUGUCGCUGCUGCGCGCGGAGUCGCUGCACCUGGCACCGGGCACCGACGACCUGAGCCACCUGGCUCUGGACCCGUGCCUCAGCGACGAGACCUACGACUUCAGCUCGGCCGAAUCGGGUUCGUCGCUGCGCUACUACAGCGAGGGCGAGAGCGCGGGCGGCGGCAGCUCUUCUUCGCCUCCGCCGCCACUGGUCGCCCCGAACUCGGGGGACGGCGGGGCAGCGGGAGGGGGCCCCGGGGACAGGAAGCGCGCUCGGCCGGGCGGUACAGCCGCCCGGCACCGCUACGAGGUAGUGACGGAGCUGGGCCCGGAGGAGGUGCGCUGGUUCUAUAAGGAAGACAAGAAGACCUGGAAGCCCUUCAUCGGCUACGACUCUCUGCGCAUCGAGCUCGCCUUCCGGACCCUGCUGCAGACUACGGGCACUCAGGCCGGGGCGGCGAGCCGCGAUGGAGACGGGGUGUGCGGCCCAACCUCCAGCUUCGGGGAGGAAGACGACGAGGACCGCGCCUGCGGCUUCUGCCCGCGCGCGGCUGGGCCUGAGCCGGAGAUGGAGGAGCUGGUGACCAUCGAGCCGGUGUGCGUGCGCGGCGGCCUCUACGAGGUGGAUGUCACUCAAGGAGAAUGCUACCCGGUGUACUGGAACCAAGCUGAUAAAAUACCAGUAAUGCGUGGACAGUGGUUUAUUGAUGGGACUUGGCAACCUCUAGAAGAAGAAGAAAGUAAUUUAAUUGAGCAAGAACAUCUCAGUUGUUUUAGGGGUCAGCAGAUGCAAGAAAAUUUUGAUAUUGAAGUGUCAAAAUCCAUAGAUGGAAAAGACGGCAGUGGGAUCAACUACUCUGGUGGCCCAUGUGUGUCCCGAGAGCUGGAUUUGGUAAAUGUGGGAUUUGGCUCAGUUGUCUACCACCUCCCUCCCUUCUCCCUCCCUUCUCUGUUCAAAUGGAGAGGAUAUAAGGAGAGCACAGAUGCCACAGGUCUUAAGCGAAAGCGCUCCCAAGCUGUUCAUAGCUUCAAACUGAGUCGGAAUCACGUGGAUUGGCACAGCAUGGAUGAAGUCUAUCUCUACAGCGAUGCAACAACAUCCAAAAUUGCGAGAACAGUCACCCAAAAACUGGGCUUCUCUAAAGCCUCCAGCAGUGGGACCAGACUUCACAGAGGUUAUGUAGAAGAAGCCACACUGGAAGACAAGCCGUCACAGACUUCUCAUAUUGUGUUUGUUGUACAUGGCAUUGGACAGAAGAUGGACCAAGGAAGAAUCAUCAAAAACACAGCCAUGAUGAGAGAGGCUGCAAGGAAGAUAGAAGAAAAGCAUUUUUCCAACCAUGCGACACAUGUUGAGUUUCUGCCUGUUGAAUGGCGAUCAAAGCUUACUCUUGAUGGAGACACUGUUGAUUCCAUUACCCCUGACAAAGUGCGAGGCCUGAGGGACAUGCUGAACAGCAGCGCAAUGGACAUCAUGUACUACACCAGCCCACUUUAUAGGGAUGAGCUAGUUAAAGGCCUUCAGCAAGAGCUGAAUCGAUUAUAUUCCCUUUUCUGUUCCCGGAAUCCAGACUUUGAAGAAAAAGGGGGUAAAGUCUCAAUAGUGUCCCAUUCCUUGGGGUGUGUAAUCACUUAUGACAUCAUGAUGGGCUGGAAUCCAGUUCGACUUUAUGAGCAGCUGCUGCAGAAGGAGGAGGAGCUCCCUGAUGAGCGAUGGAUGAGCUAUGAAGAGCGGCAUCUUCUCGACGAGCUCUAUAUAACAAAACGACGGCUGAGGGAAAUAGAAGAUCGGCUGCAUGGAUUGAAGGCACCAUCCAUAUCACAAACACCUGCCUUAAAAUUUAAGGUUGAAAAUUUCUUCUGUAUGGGAUCUCCACUAGCAGUUUUUUUGGCAUUGCGCGGCAUCCGACCAGGAAAUACUGGAAGUCAAGACCACAUUUUACCUAGAGAGAUCUGUAACCGCUUACUAAAUAUUUUUCAUCCUACAGACCCAGUGGCAUACAGAUUAGAACCGUUGAUUCUGAAACACUACAGCAACAUUUCUCCAGUCCAGAUCCACUGGUACAACACUUCAAACCCUCUACCUUAUGAGCAUAUGAAGCCAAACUUUCUCAACCCAGCAAAAGAACCUACCUCAGUUUCAGAGAGUGAGAACAUUACAUCUAUCCCGAGCCCCGUGACCUCCCCGGUCUUAUCUCGGCGCCACUAUGGAGAAUCUAUAACUAAUAUUGGCAAAGCAAGCAUAUUGGGGGCUGCUAGCAUUGGAAAGGGGCUUGGAGGAAUGUUGUUCUCAAGAUUUGGACGUUCUUCAGCAUCACAGCCGUCUGAGCCGUCUAAAGACUCAAUGGAAGACGAGAAGAAGCCUGUGGCUUCACCCUCCACUACUAACGUGGCCACGCAGACCCUGCCGCACAGCAGCUCCGGCUUUCUCGACUCUGCAUUGGAACUGGAGCACAGGAUCGACUUUGAACUCCGAGAAGGCCUUGUGGAGAGCCGCUAUUGGUCGGCUGUCACGUCGCACACUGCCUAUUGGUCAUCCUUGGAUGUCGCUCUUUUUCUUUUAACAUUCAUGUACAAACAUGAGCAUGAUAGCGAGGCCAAGCCCAGCCUAGAUUCGCUCUGAACUCUUGAAGGAUAUGAAUGCCCAAAACCUUUCUGUUAAAAAAUGUGUCAAGAUACAGAGAUUUCAAGGUUCCAGUUUUGUUAAGGGCAAGAAUUAUUUUAAUUUAAAAGCACUUUAUUUUAUUUUUAAAAGAGAAAAAAAAAACACAUUCUCAGUUCUGAAGGAGUUAUUUAUGUUUCUGUCAUUUUGAUUAUGAGUCUAGCAGAGCCCCUGCAGAGAAUCACCAGAGUGGAAGUGUGGUGGACUUAGGUGAAGUGCAGGAAGGCAGCCAUCACAACCAGUUCUCCAGUGGAGCCGCUGUAAGGUAUUAACCAGAAGAUGGUAUAGUUCUAGCUAACAUGCCCAAAGUCCAGCACACUCUGCACAGCCUACAAGGUGGCAUCAUGGUUUCUUGAGUCUGUGAAGGCUUCCGUGUCCACAGUUCCUUUGAAAGAAGAAUAUAACAGAUUUUAAAUGUUCUAAGUUUAACUUGUUUUGAAAAACUAAUGCUAAAAACCAAUAUUUGAACUACUAUACUAAUAAUUUAUAAUCUCUACUUAUUUCAGCAUAUGAAACAUUUUCAGUGUUUCUUUUAAGCCACAUUUACUUUGUAUCAUGUUGAGGCCCCUUUUUCUCAAAACUCCAUCUUUGUAAAUGAGUAGAUGAUCCUGUGGCAUACUUUCAGGAGUUUUUUGGUUUUUUUGUUUUGUUUUGUUUUUUGGUUUUUUUUUUUUUUUUUCAUUAAAAACAUGGUUUCACACUACUAGUUCAAUUAUUUUUUUAAUUUUUUUAUUAUGUCACAUAUACUUCAGAGAAAUUUAAAUGUUUUCAGCACAGGGACUCCACAUUUGUGUGUAUUGCAUUAGUUGUAUUAGAAAAUUAAGAAACAGCUUUGGGCUAGAGAAUAUGAUGACUUGAAAUACAUAAACGUCUGUGUGCCAAACAGCUAACACAUGUGAAGGAAUGAGAUGCCAGUAACAUUCGCUAUGUAAAGUGCUAAAGAAAGCAUGGUGACUCGGGCACCGGAAAUGAACACUGAGGCACUGGGGGGGGGGGGGUGUUCUGGGCUGUAGAUGUCUCCACCAUGCUUUUUCAUCUGUGAUGUGCAUCCAGCGAUCUGUGUAUACGCUUCCUGAGGUAAGUUGAACACAUUACCAUGUCACAUGUUCAUAUACUGAGGCACCAGUUUUUCAAGUGCCUUGCAUUAGAUUACACAGCAAAUGGACAGAGUGUGGCUUAAAGCCAGACCAUAUUCUUUCCUGUGCUGUUUAAUGAUGUCACUCAUGAGUGACCUUAAGAAGCCUGCAAAUGUUAGUAGGUUAGAAGAUGGCCAUGAAGCCCAGUGUUACCUAACAGAUACAGUCUAGAUUCUUACACUCAGAAGAGGAGUUAACAUCAAGGGAACAGUAGCCAAUCCUGCCAUAGCCAACAGUUAUAUCUGGUGGCUCUCCCUAGAUUCCACUCAAGGUGCUGUCUUUCUUGUGUGUGAGGAACUUUGUAGCUUCUGGCAGUCACUGUCAGCUGGGAGCAGAGCUGGUCAGCCCACAUGUCCCUUGCUCUUUUCUCUGUAGGGUGGUAGAGCCUGUGGCUUUUUGUGGGUGUUACUUGUCCUCAGUGCUACUGCCUCCCCUUUGCGCAAUAGACAGCACUUCUUGCUAGUGUUUAAGAAUUCCAAGGCUGUGUGACUCACAAAAAACCUUUGCUCUAAAGGCUGAAUCCUAGCAGGGCUAAAGCAUCAUCUUUGAGUUUAGAGGUUCCUGUCAACUCAGGUCAGCUUCAUAGCCUAUUUAUUAGCAGGUCUCAUUUAACUCUCAGGAAAAUAAAGCCCGUGUCGUAUGGCUGUCGUUAAAGGUAGCUGAGAACAUGUUUGUUGAGUAUCAACUGAAAGGAGAAGUUUGCCCCUGUAAGCAAAGGAGUAUGUCCCCUUACUCUUCCUUACGCCACACAACAGUCAAAUUUCAAUGAUUUUUUUUUGUCAGCUCUUGGGAAGAGCAGCAUUCAAACCACUCUGUCAAUGAGAAGCAGAUGUUCUGCACCUCUGGACAGCUGCUUUCAGUUCAUGAUCUCAUCAGUACCAGUGGCAGUUUUGGUCUUAGUGCUCUUGUCUGCCCGUUUCUGCAUGUAAUCAUGGGAUGUGCUUGUAUACACUAAAGUAAGUAAUAUACAGAGUAUGUGUAAUUUUGAUGAUUUAGAAACUAAGUCAGUUACAAUGUAACAGUUGGCAAUUUUAUUCCAGCAAGUACUAAAUCGACCCCCCAAAGUCCUGAUUUUGAUACUAUUAAAAUUAUAUUCUUUCCCUGUG